UCUGGAAAGCGAGCAGAAAGUCUAGAUUAAAAUUUACUAGUUUCAAACCAAUACGUGGGUUUUCGCGUGCUUUGAACAAAAUGGAGCCAGCAGCGAGUCCUGCAAAGGAUAACUACAGAAUGAACCGAUACAAGAAUAAAGCUCUCAACCUGGAAGAGAUGCGCAGGAGAAGAGAAGAGGAGGGUAUUCAGCUGAGGAAACAAAAACGAGAACAGCAGCUCUUUAAGAGGAGAAAUGUGGAGAUGCUGAAUGAGGAGGCAGGCAUGUUUGACAGUCCCCUCAUGGACUCGUUUGUCACAUCCACCACAGCCCCAGAUGGAGUCAUCACAAGAGACAUGGUGGAAAUGCUCUUCUCAGAAGAUCCAGAGCAACAACUGGCCACAACACAAAAAUUCAGAAAGCUGCUGUCCAAAGAACCCAAUCCACCUAUCGAUGAGGUCAUCAACACACCGGGGGUGGUGAAUAGAUUUGUACAGUUCCUAGAGAAAAGCUCCAAUUGCACAUUACAGUUUGAAGCGGCGUGGGCUUUAACCAACAUCGCCUCCGGGACGUCCCAGCAGACGAAGGUGGUGAUCGAGGCCGGGGCGGUGCCCGUCUUCAUUGAACUCCUCAACUCUGACUAUGAAGACGUUCAGGAACAGGCGGUCUGGGCUUUAGGAAAUAUAGCAGGAGACAGUGCUGUAUGCAGGGACUAUGUAUUGAACUGCAACAUCCUUCCUCCUCUACUAAUGCUGUUGACCAAACCAACUCGUGUCACAAUGACCAGGAAUGCUGUGUGGGCCCUGUCUAACUUGUGCAGGGGCAAAAGUCCUCCACCAGACUUUGAAAAGGUGUCUCCGUGUUUGCCUGUCCUGUCCCGCCUUUUGUUCAGCAGCGAUGCUGAUUUGUUGGCUGAUGCAUGCUGGGCGCUGUCUUACCUCUCAGACGGGCCGAACGAGAAGAUUCAGGCUGUCAUUGACUCAGGGGUCUGCAGGAGACUGGUGGAGCUUCUCAUGCACACAGACUACAAGGUGGCCUCUCCUGCUCUGAGGGCUGUGGGUAACAUUGUCACGGGAGAUGACAUUCAAACACAGGUGGUGUUGAACUGCUCAGCACUGCCAUGCCUCCUGCACUUGCUGAGUAGUGCCAAGGAGUCUAUUCGCAAAGAAGCCUGCUGGACCAUCUCCAACAUCACAGCUGGGAACAGAGCACAGAUCCAGACGGUAAUAGAUGCAAACAUCUUCCCUGUGCUGAUAGAAAUCCUACAGAAAGCGGAAUUCCGCACUAGGAAAGAAGCAGCCUGGGCAAUCACAAACGCCACAUCAGGAGGCACCCCUGAACAGAUCCGGUACCUGGUGAAUCUGGGCUGUAUCAAACCACUGUGCGAUCUGUUGACGGUGAUGGACUCAAAGAUAGUGCAGGUGGCGCUGAACGGACUGGAGAACAUUCUUCGAUUGGGCGAGCAGGAGGCCAAACAGAACGGCAGCGGAAUCAACCCUUACUGUGGUCUGAUAGAGGAAGCUUAUGGAUUGGACAAGAUAGAGUUCCUGCAGAGUCAUGAAAAUCAGGAGAUUUACCAGAAGGCCUUUGAUCUGAUUGAGCACUACUUUGGAGUGGAAGAGGAGGAUGCCAGUCUAGCCCCUCAGGUGGAUGAGAACCAGCAGCAGUACCUCUUUCCCCAGCAAGAAGCCCCUAUGGAGGGCUUCCAGCUAUAACCAGUUCCUCCCAGUCCUUUUCAGUCCCAUCAGAGCAUUCUCUCCACUUCCCCUCUGCCCCCACCCCUCCCCAAUUUCCUUAUUCUGAGAGUCAUCCUAACUGCUGAAAGCAGUCUACAGUCAGGCUGGAGGAAGAACCUAACCAUGAACUCACACAGGUUCAUGUCAGAGGUGUAGAACUGAGGUGUCAAACCACACUUCCCAUUAGAGGGAAAGACAUGUGCAGAGGGACAAUACCACUGCAGCGUUGCUCUCGACAGUUUUAUUUUAUUUCGUUUUAUUUCUUUCCCCUUUUCCACUUGCAAAUGCGCAAACCCCUUCGAAAGUAUAUUCCCAUCAGGGUUACAAAUGAUAAAAAGCAUCCCUUUUAUUUCUCCC